AGUCAAUAGCCAUCUAUUUGACCAACUCACCGGUUGGAAAAGACGAAACGAUCGAACGAAACAUUUUCAAAUAUCGAACCUUUAUAUACAACAAUAUACUUUCAUAUAAAAUAAAAAGUUCUUGUGAGUGUUUUACUUAAACCGUUUUAAAAAUAAAGUGUCUAAAAAGUGCGCUAAAGUGACUCUACAUUAAUAUGUCAAAAUGCCUACCUGAGUUAAAACCUGAUUUUAGUUUUAGUGGCAGAGCUUUUUGUUUCACAGCUCGAAAGUUUUAAAAGAAGGAUUCUAAAACCAUUGUACUUUUGUAGGGUCCCCGCGCAUGUCAUGCAGUCAAAAUGCAAACAACAAGAGAAUCAAGUCGUGCAAAGCGUAACAUAAAGAGAAAGAACUCCAGAAAGAAAUCCUUAUCUCCCUCCGACUUGAAAUGCGUCAGAACUGAUGUUCCCAAAGCUGAGAGUUCCGCGAAAGGGAAACACAGAAGGAGUAACAUACAGCGGACACUGACUCAUCCAAUUACCUGUUCGGACUUGAGCGAUGUGUCAAUCGAUAGUGUUCUGGGUGCCAUAAAAGCUGACGCAGUGCCACAAGAAAGUGAUGAAUCUCAUGUUCCUCCGACAAGCAGCGAUAGAGAUACUGAAGAUGAUGCAAGAGUGCAGGUCACGUCGGCUCCGGCGAGGUCCAGGUGGGAUUCAGGGAGUGAAAUGGAUUCCUUAGUGUCUAUCGUUGUGCGGAAGGCAUCGGCACGGCGACGUCGAACGCCUGCUAACCAAGACUGGGGCGUCAGCUGUGAGCCGGGCGAAAUAAGCGAACCAGAGACCGGUCGCAUGCGUCCCGAGGACUACCGACUCGUAUUCCUGAGCUCAGACUCGUCGUGCCGCGAGGACACAGAGGAUUCGGCCUCCACUGCAUCCUCAGCAGCGCCACCCGUUCCUGACGAUUGUGACUGGGACUACUUUGAACCGGGUGCAGCGACAGCGCCACCUCUACCGCCACAGCCUCCUCCAAAGCACACCCCACUGGAGUGUCCGAGAGCCUGCUCUUGUGGUGCUGAACCUCGCUUUGUUGCUGUACCCGUCCCAGUCCCUGUACCAAUUCCAGCCGCCCUUUGGCCAGCCCUACUCGCGUUCCCACCACAAACACCCCCAACGCCGCAUUGGAACACAUACCCAGGCUUCCCACAACUAGAUGCCGCUGCCCUCGCUCGUUUCACUACGGCUGCCGCCGUUGCAGUCACUGCUGCUGCCACAGCUAAUGCAUUACCACAAAAAAGUAGACUCGAGAUGACCGUAGAAAAAAACGAUAAAGCAAUUCAGUCCGAGCAACAAGUACCUGCGCCUCGCGAUAACGAUAAGAGCGAUAACAAUAUCGAACUCGCCGACCAACAUGAUUCGUCAGACGAUAUUAAGGUGAUUGCCGAAGACGAUUCUGUGUCGGUUUUAUCGGGUUCGGCGGACAUGCCUGACCAUUUAGACGCUGAGAAAGCAUUCCCAUCAUCCAACGAGUCAGCUGAUUCAAGUGAUUCGGAGGCAGUUGCACACAGGAGCUAUGACCUCAGAAGUGGUGCUCCUGAAGAACCUCAAACGACGGAUGAGGAUUCUGAUGAUUCCGGAGGAGGAGCGGGACAGUUUUCACGAGUUUUUGUGGUUAAUCCGGCUGACUCUUCCUCAGAACUCGACGAUAACGCUGAUAGUAGUGGUAUUGAUUGCGAAGACUCUGAUGACAAGAAAUCUGACGACUUAGAAAUUCUAGCCGUAGCGGCUGCACCUUCAAACGAGGACUACAGUGAUAAUAAUGAUCAUGAUGAAGUGGCAUCAGGGAACAAUGUGGUGGUUCUACAAUCAGUUAAUUUUACAGAAGAAUAUAGCGUGUUCCCGUUUCAGCACUCGCAAAACUACGAAUGUGAAAAUAGUUAUUGCGAUCAAGGUAUGCUUUUAAGCGAAACUAGUGAUCGGUAUAACAGUUUUAAUGAAGCGUGCAGUGAUAAGGAUCAUAACAACUAUGAUUCCUUGAACAACAGUAGUUUACAGAGUCAGAAUUCCUCUGACAUUAUAGAGUGCGAUUCGCUGGAUAACUCAAUAAAUUCGAACUUAAAAGUUGCGGUUAAUUUGUUCACUGAUGCCGAAAACUUUGAGGUACAAAACUUAAUCCUACAACAAACAAAAGAAUCUACACCACCCCAGCUGACAAGUGCAACCACAGCGUAUUCAAUAUCUGACGACAAUAAUAUUGACUUGUUCAAAGGAAUCGAACGUACGCUCACUGAGUUAUUGAAGAAAGAAUCAUUGGAGGAGUGCGCUGCGGAGAAACCGCACAGUGCGCGGCCGGUUUGCGUUGAGACGGGGCGGGGAGAGAAGGGCGGCAGCGCCGGCGCAGGUGUAGUGACAACAGUUUGCCGCUCGCGCCCGCCCGAUGCGGACACUUCCGCGCGCUUUACUAGCCGCGUUAUGAUAACGCACGACCGUGUCUCGGUCGUCACGUCAGACACGACGCGGCUAAUGCGUGACAUCACAGUGCACCAUACCAACCUGGAUCACGAGCCGGGGACGGAGGGUCGUGCUCAGCAAACAGACCCCAACGAACGAUCCGACAACGAAUCACCGCAACCUUCGGGCGGAGUUACUGUUCUAAGCAAUGCCGACACUCUCUCCGAGGUUGGUUGCCUCGAGGAGGGCCUCGCGGACGACGACUCGUGGGUCGAAGAGGUCGGCUAUGACGACGACAAUACCUCACAAUCUGACUCUGACUCGGGGGAUGAAGCCACCCUACAUACUCGCGCGGAAGACGUGGCGUAUUGUAGGCGUACCUUAGAUUUCACGCUGCAUACUAUAGUGGAAGAAAGUUGUGAAGAAAGCGAAACCGAGCACACAACAAAAAAACCGCGGCCUGUAUCGGCCACGGAUUUGGAAAAGUACUUUUUCUUUGACCUUGGCGAUGGGAAAAACGUUCGCGCCGACGAUGAUCAAGUUUCGGAAGCGUCCAGUGUGUGUAGUGAAGGUGCGGAGUCGAUUGUUGAUAAUGAACAACCAAAGCGGAGUGGUGAUAGUGAUGAACUCGUGUCUUCUAGGUUAGAAAAGUAUUUUUUGUCGGGCUUUAUGGGAUUUAAACAAGAGAGACGGGAUUCGGACGGUUCGGGGAGUGUAGGUAGUGACAGUGAAGGUAAACAAAGCCCCGAGCAGCGAAGAAAGCGUCUGGUGCGUGCUCGGGGUACGCCAAGGUCGCAUUCGUCCUCUUUGGACAACCUUUUAGCCAGUGAUGAGCCUUCUCAAGAAAAUCAGGAAGCGUCGGACGCUUCCAGCACCGAGACUGAAGGCCGUCACGAAUCCCUAGAGAGGUUGGAUUUUGAAAAUAAGCGUAAAAAACAAACCAAAAAGACUCGAGGGUCACCCGCAGACGAGAGGCGCCAGUCAGUCGAGUUCCCAGAAGAAGCCCGAGACGAUACGAGGUCGGUAUCCGAGGGCGAGGAGGGUAGAUCAACGCCUCGACCGGAAUUCCCACCACUUGGUUCCGAAUUAUCUGAAUCUAAAAAGCAAACAAGUAGGGACAGCGGUUUUGUGGGGAGCUGCGAUGACCUUUUACGGAAUGGCGACUCCAGCUCAGAGUUUACUCGAUCUCUUGAAUCAAAACCGGAAUUGGAAGAAAUAAUUGAAGAAACUCGACCGGAUGUUGAAGAACGCAUAGAGCAACCGCCAUUAACGAAACCUCCACCGACACCUCUCACCCGCAAAGAUAGCUUUAAUAAUUGGUCUUCAGAUGAAGAAACUAACUUAAUGAUGACGAAAAUGAGACAAUUCUUUAAACAAAUGAUUAAUUCAACAAACGUUAAAACCUCCACACCUGUAUCGACAAACUCUGAGUGUACAAAGCCGCCCAAACCGCCACAAUUAUUGUAUUUCGAAAGCGAAUUGACUAGACUUAUGAAAACAGUACCGGGUAUUCGCGACGAAGAGGUCCGCGAAAUAGUGGAGUACUUAUCGAGUGAAGAUACGUGGAGUGAUUCAUACGACUCGUCGGAUUACGCGGGAUCUGAUUUAGAAGGCUCUGUGAACAGGUCCGCGUUGAGGAAGCAGAUAUCGGAGAGUUGUCGAGAGAUAAUUGAUGAGUUUGAUAAAGGGAGUAAUGAUACGGGUUCUUUGGAGCGAGAUGCGGUUGGAGCUUACCAGAGGUUGGCUGCGACUUUGGGCAGGGCUGGGGAAGGUUCGCCGCCUCUGUUCGGAAAGGUGAUGCGUCAUAUUGGCGGGCGAUUAGUGGCGUUAAUGCAUGAGGUGUCAGCUGGUGCAUCCCCUAGUACUGAUGAUGAUAGUGCGUCCGAACCGGGCGCCUUAGCCCGGAGCCGAUCUCAUGAUAUACUGGAAGCUGCAGCCAGUCGAGGAAGUGUUGCAAGUGAUAGUGAACGGUUUUCGUGGCGUGGUAGUUUUGAGUCGGCUUUACUGGCGGCUGACUCCAGAGGAACGUUAGGUGGUGGUGUGUGCGAGGCACGGCGCUCCCCUGCAGGCGCGGAGCUCGCAGCCCUGAAGUCCCACUCGAGGAGCUGUGGAGCUAUCAGUGGCAGCGAGGACAGGCUGUGGCGGGGCCGCCGCCGCGCUUCAGCACCUGAUGCCGAGUCUGAAGAAGAGCAAAGGGCUGGCUCUUUGCCACGGCUGCCAUCAAUAACUGGCAAUAGCACUGCACCAGCGGGGCCCGUCAAGUCAGCUCGCUACAGAGCGCCAGGCUUCAGAACAGCAACAAGAGCUGCUUCAGCUCCAGGUCUUCACGCGCCGAGGAGAAGAAGACCACCAUCAACGCCUCAGCUUCCACCACCCUCGGCGCCGGCGUCGGCCCCUAGCUUACAAGAUGAAGUGUAUCUAUCAGAGACCAACAUAUCCCCUGGUCAUGCUACCUUACCCAAACGAUCCAGCUCACCUUUACCACAUGACAGAGAUAUCGACAGAGACCGGUUUCCACACAACAGGAGUGGCUUGCAGGCUAGAUCUGAGUCGAUGGCGUCGGUGUACUCCGGAGCUGGUGAGGGCAUGAGAGGUAGCGUGACUGUGAGGGGAGAGGUUCAGUUCUCGCUGCUGUACAACUACCGCCUGGGGGCGCUGGAGGUCGGGGUCAAGAGGUGUCGCGAUCUGGCGCCCGUCGAUGUCAAGAGGAAUCGGUCUGAUCCUUAUGUUAAGGUGUACUUGUUACCAGACAAGUCCAAGACUGGCAAGAGGAAGACCAAAGUGAAGAAGAACACCCUGAACCCCGUGUUCGAGGAGUCGCUGAGCUUCACGCAGCCACUGGGGGCGCUGUCGUCGCGCACUCUGUGGCUCAGCGUGUGGCACGCCGACAUGUUCGGACGUAACGACUUCCUGGGGGAGGUGGCGCUACCACUGGCCGAUGUCGUGUUCGACGACCCCGCGCCCACGUGGUACAAGCUGCACGAACGGACUGAACAAUUCGACGAACAACAAGGUACAAGAGGCGACAUCAUAAUUGGACUCAAGUUUGAGCUGCAAGAAGGAAGUUCUAACAGAGGAAAGGGAACUCUCCACGUUCUCGUGAAGGAGGCCAAGAAUCUCGUCGCAACCAAACCCAACGGUCUCGCUGACGUCUUCUGUAAGAGCUACCUGCUUCCUGAGCGCGGUCGUCUGGCCAAACAGAAGACGAGCGUCGUGCGGAGGACGCUCAGUCCUCGGUGGGAGCACACGUUCACGUACCGCGGCCUCACUAUGCAGGAGCUGGCCACUAGAGCGCUCGAGCUGAGCCUGUGGGACCGGGACCGGCUGGCGUCCAACGACUUUAUGGGAGCCGUGCGACUGUCUCUCGGAACAGGUACAUACAUGGGCGCGAACGUAAACUGGAUGGACAGUAUUGGUAAAGAAGUAUCUCUAUGGCAGACUAUGAUGCAGCGUCCCAAUUUCUGGGUUGAGGGAUCACUGCCACUAAGGCCUCAACUGAACAACUAACAUUAUCUCAGUGAUAUUUAUAAUCAUACAAGAUACAUUUAAACUUUAAUUAUAUUUCAAGACGAUAUUGCUGAAGCCAUAAACAGCUCGUUAGCUCAUAAGCUAUAUUUAUAAAUAUUCUUGUUACUCCUUAUUAAAAUAGGUAGCAAUUGUGCUGCAUAUUUACCGAAGGCCAAUUACCAAUUCUUAUCAAUACCAAAUAGACAAUUGAAAUGACAAGAUCUGACACAAAAAAUUCUAAUGACCAUACAAAUGCUAUUUUAGUAAUAUCGCGAAUGAGUGUCAAAAUAUAACCGUAUAUUAUAUAAGUUCUCUGUGUUCUGUUUCUAUUCUUUGUAUAAAUUUAUAUUCUAAUUCUUAAUGUGUGAUCUUAUCAUCUACAACGAAAAUCUUGUACAUUAUGACUGACAAAACAUAUUGUCAAUUGGGGCCAAGUUAAAUAAUUAUAUUUUUAUAAGUAUUAAAAUUUUUACACUAAGUACUUAAUUAUAUCUUUCUACUAGUAAAAUACUCUUCUAUGUAGUGAUGAUACAUAGUGUUAUGUUUAGAUGUGCCAAUCUAAUAAACUAUUGAGACAUCCUGAUGUAAAUAAAUACAUUCCAAUUGAAUAAAAAUUAUGUUUUUAAUUUCUAGUUGAUAAGAAGUAACAUUAACGCAUUUAAUGACUACUGUACAAAUUAAUGUUUUUACAAGUUGUAUGGAUCUGCUCAUAAUAUAAUUAGAAUGUAUAAUAUAUAAUUCCACCUUAGAUCUAAGUGUACUGAAUUAUUACUGCAAAAUAACGUCCAUAGUAUUAAAUAAACUACUUAAACGUCUAUUUAAAUAUAGCUUCGUUUUAUAAAUAAUUAUUUUUAAUAAUUAAUGUUAAAGAUUUUGAAUAAAUAUUUCCACAUAA